CUGGAUGGAUGGUAUUUUUAUCGUUAUCGUCACACAAGAAUUAAUUAAAAUGACAAAAUAACAAAGAAAUAAACGAGCUAUGGACGAAGUGGACAAGAUAAUAAUGCACCAGCUGCACCAGGUGGACGCCGGCAUAGAGCCCACGGACGAGCUGGCCAGUUUCACGCCGGAAUUGGUGGUGCGCGCUGUCUCCAGCUGCCUGUUAGAAAUCCGUCCAGCGUUGGAGGUUCCGCGUAGUCUGCCCGGCGGUGCGAUGGCUCAACGGUUCAGCGUGGCCACUGCCCUGGCCGAGAGGUGCAAGGAGAGCGGCUACCAUGGCGACAUUGGCUACCAGACAUUCCUAUACCCCAAUCCCAUCGAGCUGCGGCGCUUGCUGAUGUUCCUGAUCGAGCAGCUGCCGCGUGAGCGCCAGGCGGCUGAUGACCUGGCAGGGAAGUCGCACCCGCUGAGUGGCAGGGAAAUGCUACAGCGCCAGAUACGCAAGAAGCUGACGGCCCAGCUGACGGCCCUCUGGGUGCCGCAGUUCUGUCGUGCGGUGGGCAACAGGAAAUCGCAUGGAUGUAGCAGCUUGUGCAUAGAUUUUCGGCCAAAGUUGAAUCUCAAUGUGCCAUCGGCCAAUGCGGAGGAGCGGACCAAGGAAGUGCAGCAGUACUUUGACCAGCAGGCGCCCAAUCUCUUCCAGCAGACGGCGUCCAGCUCCUACGAUCUCAUUGCGUCGGUGCUGCACAAGAACGAUCUGGAGCGCUGGGGCCAUGGCUUGACCGACUCGGGACUGCUGCUUCUGGGCAGCGAAGAUCCCGUCAUUCCAUUGGUUCUGGCCACAGAGAAGCCAGCGGCGGCGAGUGCCGCAGAGAUGACGCCCCUGGAGGAGCUGACGGACGAGGUACAGAAGCUUCGCUCCCAGUGCGAGACACUGCUGGGCGAGCGCAAGGCUCACGCGGCUAGAAUAGGAGCACUGAAGCAGCGGGAGAGCGAAGCCACCAAGGAGCUGGCGGACAUUCAGCCCCAGCUGAAGCUGCACGAGCGCACCUGCCUGGUGCUGGCCGAUGCAGAGCAGAAUGUGACCAAACUGGAAGCCCUGCUGCAGGCCACCGAAGCCAAGCGUCACACACUGACACAGCAGUGGCAGGACUAUCGUCGGCCCUUGCUGGACACCCUGGAGACCCUGAAAACGGCCAAGGAGGCACAGCACGUCCAGAGUAUUCGCAAUGGGAUUGAGCAGUUGGAGCUGGAGCUUAAGGAGAAGACGCAACAGCACAACGAACUGAAUACGGCCCUUCGCACGGCCACCCAGUCGCUGGCACCCCGCAAGGAGUACACGCGUCGCAUCCACGAGUUCAUCGGCAACAUUCGCAAGCAGCGGGCGGACAUCUUCAAGGUGCUCGACGACACGCGACAGCUGCAGAAGCAGCUGAAUGUGGUUGGUGCUCAACUGCAGCGCCAGUUUAACUACACCGAUGACCUGCUCUUCCAGAGCGCCAAGCACGAUCUGCAUGCAAAGAAGGCGUACAAGCUGCUGGCCCAGCUCCAUGCCAACUGCAGCGAGCUGGUCGAGUGCGUUGCCCUGACGGGGAAUGUCACCAAGCAAAUCCGCGAGCUGGAGGUGCAAAUCGACGGGGAGAAGCUGAAGAAUGUCCUCACCAGCCUGCAGCAGAUCACCGGCGACAUCCAAAAGUUUGAGCUGCACAUACAGGAGCUGCAGUCGCAGAUAAGCACAGUGGAGAACGGUGUUGCCAGGGCCUAGAGCCCUCCCUUUUACCUAUGUAUUAGUGCCAAUUGUAAUAAAUCAAAGCAGUCACCGCCUAGCGUUGAUUUUACUAACCAAAACUGUGACCAGUUUUGUAUUUA